AUGUUUAAAAUUCCCCAACCAGUUCAAAGAUUAUUCGAUUCGGUGCCACUAAAGGUAUACCAAGAUGAAUCUAAAGGCAUCUCGCCUGAGAAGCUAUAUUCGUUUUCUUUGGAAAAUCCAAUAAACCCUCUCAUACUAGGUGUUUACAACACUUUUGAACAUGGCAAGUACGUUUUGCCAACCGACCCAGUGUCGCUUUUCACGUUGAUUAUACUAGCAAAAAAGAAUGGCUUUGGCUUGCCGGACUUGAAUAGCGAGAGUAUGAGUGGUAUUACUCGCAUACCGUUUCGAGGAUCCCCAUCAAACUCACUUCCAAUUUUGAUCAGUGAUGGCUCAGUUAGAGCGACUGAAAAUUCAGAACAAAUUGGAAAGAGAAUUGCCUCAAACAAUAUAAACUCGGAGAAGGUUUUAAUUAUUAACGAAUUUGUCGAUACAGUGCUUUUUGAUUCAUGGAUUUCAUGCUUGUUAGUAGAGAUGUUAAAACCGGAAACUUUCUACCAACUUUUUAGCAUUAGCAACGAAUUGGAAUUAUAUGAGAUAAAGAAGCAGAUACCAGAGUGGAACAAUUUCUCCGUGAGACAUACAUCACUUUUCGAGCACUACCAGAAUGGUCAAUAUUUGCAAGCAUUCUAUGUUGCACAGUGUGAUACAUUCGAGGCCGCAAUUAAACGGUUGAAAGGCUACUUGACUAGCUCCGAUCAAGAAGGGUCUAUAAUAAAGUACAAAGUUGCAGCAUUUGUCAUCAUUUUUGAUCAUUUUUUAAAAGAGACAAAGAUGGGAGAAAUAUUGAGCAGGUUUCCAGAAAUGAUUACCAAAUCAUACGCAGUUUUGGAAAGCUAA